AUGAAUUCCCCUACUACUAGAAGUGGACCAGCGGCUACUGCUCCCGCUGAUGUUCUACGCCGCAUCUUCCUUGACACUACGUUCGGUUUCUUGGAUGGUCUCAGUUCCACCGACUGGGUUAAACUCCAACUGGUUUCCCGUGAUCGUGAAUUCGAAACCUACAGCAAAGGUCUGCGUACCGUCGUCAACUCAGCUCUCGUGAACAAGCAUUGGCGGGCGGUUGCUGUCACCGUCCUUUACUACGAUAUCCAAGUCCGGGAUUGGACUAUUCAACGCGUCGAGGCACUCUGUGAUGCGUUGCGGGCCCAUCCUUCUCUCGCUGCGAACGUGAGAAGGCUCACGCUAUUGCCUGCCCGGGAUCCGCAAGCCGAUUGGGACUGCGAUUUGCACAAGGUGGACAUCACGAAGUCACUGUCCCGCUUGCAAUUGCUCUGGCUCUGUCGCAACGUGACGGAUCUCCGCUUGAGCGAGGGGCAGGUGGCGCGCGCCGAGGACUUUCUCGCCGUCCUUCCCAAAUGCCGGGACAUCCGGACUUUUUGCAUUGAACGGUGUAUCCACGACGACGGCAGGCCCGCGGUUCACUUUUGCAAUCUCCAACAACUGCUGCUGUUUAUGUUGGAGUGGCCCUCCAUUGAACGUGUUCACGUCCUGCAGGGGGCGGUCUCAGACUGCAAUUUGGACGAAUAUUUGUAUUCGUGGGAAGGUGUCCACCCCCGAGGCGACGCCAGCUUGUGUUCGCUUCGGGUUCUCAAGCUGGGCCACACUGUCCUCACAGCCGGGGACAUCGACUUCCUCUCCCGUUUCGCCACCCAGAUCGAAGUACUCGAGUUUGGACUGGCAAACAUGAUAGGUUGCGCGCCGACGCGCAUCGCAGAAAAGCUCGUCCCGGCGCUCAAGGGCUGGCAGAAGACUCUGCAAGACCUGUCUCUUCUCCCCAGCGAGGAAGUCGUGCAUGAGUGGUCCAGGUGGUACACUGAGCAUGAACGGGGGCACAGCGACGCGGAGGACCUCUUCCCGGCGAUAGCAGCCCUGCCCAUGCUUCGUCGUCUGCAGAUUGGGCCGGCGCUGCCUAUCGCACCGCUGGUUUCUUCGUUUCCACCGGCCCUCGAAGCCUUGCACGCGGGGCUUGUGCCAGAGGACCUCCGCGUUCUGAUAUGCGCUUUGCGGGGACAGAUGGGCCCGGGUUUGAAAUCCCUGACUCUUAAACGCGGGGUGGUUGAGUAUGCCUUCGACCGGGCGGACGUGAGCGAGCUCCGAGAAAUCUGCAAGCUCAGGGAAAUCCAGCUGGAGGAGUGA